GCGAGCAACGUGGUCUGUGCCAGACAAUGCCGUUGACACGUGGAUUUGAAAACACUAAAAAAGACUCGGCAGAUCUACUGCAACUAAACACCUUACACGAUCCAGACAACAGCAGCAAAAGGACAGAUCAGAAAAAUGCGCGACCGACAAGAUGACUGCGGUGUGGCCCCUGUAAUUUGUGUAAAUAUUCCUUCUUCGUGUAGCUAUUCCAGGAUACGCCGCCGAGAUCAGCUGUGAGUUGACUAAUCUUGCAUGCGCAAACAGGCAGGAAGUGUGUCCUCAGGUGUCGCGAAGAGCCCCUGUUAUUUGAAUGAUUAAUUUCUCAAUCGUGAUAGCAAAACAGUCCCGGCUGUGCGGGAACGCGAAGAAGGGCUGAAAUGAGUGCGGCUGGAAAUCACCUGCAGCAGCAGCAGCAGCAGCAGCAGAAAGCACCGCUGCCACCAAACCAGCAAUGGCGCCGCAGCAGUACGAACCCGUUCGCGUCGCACGAUACUUUCGAGUCUCCAGCGGACACACCUGUUGCAGUGAACAGCACCGAUGCGUUCGGCAUGGCUCCUUGGCAAGAGGACGACGAGCAGCAAGCAGCUGCGGAUCGGCGCAGGACGUCGUCGUUUAGCGCAGCUGUGGGACAUGGUAUUCAGCCACUAAAUGGUUUUGGUCCCGGAGCAGCAGUAGCAACAGUCGCAACAAUCCCAGUACAAUCGACCACCAACACUCGGCAGCCGCCUCCUGGUCAGCCUCAACGCAGGGAAACAUUUCAUGCUGGUCAAGCUCCGUCCCGGCAGGCGCUGUUACAGGCGGCUGGAGCGAGAGACAACGAAUUUCGUGCAGGAUCUUCGGCGGUAGCGGCACCGUCAUCGACCGCUCAGCAAAGAUAUCAAACUGCUGCGGUUCCGGACCAGUUCGGUCAUCUCCCAUUCAACGUGACGACGGACGGAUCGGUCAGCACGCAUCGCCCUGUUUCGGUAGCUGCAGCACCAGCGACCAGUCCACCACGACAAAACCAGGACACACUUGCUCAACAACAAUUGGAUCAGCAGCAAGCCGAUCUGCUCAGAGAGCAGGAGAUACUCAGCUUCAAACAAGAGCAGCUACGCAAGCAGGAGGAACAACUGCAGAUCCACAUUUCGACAUUGCAGAGGAAUGCCAACAAAAGGCGGCAACAGUUACAGCAGCAGACAGCACAGAGCACUGGCAGCAGUAUGGCCACGCCAGCCAACACCACCGAUAUGUUUGGAAUGGCAGAUUUCCAGCCAGGUGCAUCGCUUCAGACAUCUACUUCGCCUGCUUCAGGAGGAGGACCACUGAGCAUGGAUGACUUUGGAAUGGAACAGUUCACGCCCUCUGUAGCCCCGACUAACCAGGGCACGUUAACACGAAGACAACGGAGCCCAGAGGCAGUCGGUAGCAGUGGAGCGGCAGUCAUAAGUGUUGAUACUUUGCCGGCUAAUAACAUUGCAACGGACAGUAGUCAACCAGUGAACCAGCGACUAGCGAACGCAUCAAGCGGAUUGUCUCGUAUCAACACGCAGAACUCCACCUCUGCUGCAAAUGCCAGUAGUCAUGCAGAUGACAAUCGCACAGGUGGACAACAGCAGCAGCAAGGGUUCUUUGAAACCCAGUCACUGGCUGAGAUAACGCUGCGGCACGAGAUGGCGUUCACAACGAUUGAGCGACGGCGCGUUGACUCAGAUAGUCGAGUACGGCUUCACACAAUCAAGCUGCAGGUCCACAACCAUGAAGAGCGUCGAUCACUCAAGAACAUGUUUGCCGUUACCCAUGAGCCCAUCAAGGCAACAGUGCUGAAGCUUGGCAGCUAUGAUCUGCUUCUCUUGGAGAGUUUUGUAAGUGAUGUUCUCAAUUCGAUACGCAAGUUACCAUUACAGCUCUACCAGCGAUCAAGGUUCAGCAAGAACGAGAUCUUUGUCGACCUAAUUGACCGCUGCAUAGUUAUGAUGGACUGCUAUGGAGCCAUGAAGGCACGGACAUCGACGGUGCACACCAUGGUUCAUGGCUUCCUGACGGGCAUGCCCGAGUGCAGCAUGAUCAUCAACGACACCAAGAUGGUGGAUCACCGGCGACGCACCGCCAAGGGCUGUGUCACUAUGCCUCCGCACACGUCUACCAUCCACAUGACGGACGUGCAGCUGCACCCGACCAUCAACAAGGAGUCCUACACGAAGGACCUGGAGCUCAACUUCCAGUGCAUGGAGGGCGUGCGCUACGAGGCGUUGCGCUUCAAGGUGGGUGGCAGUCUUCCCCCGCCACUGCGUGUGACAAACCUGAACAUCGAGUUAGUAGCGGACAUUGUCAACACGCACGUGCGACUGGAGCUUCAGCCACACGCCGGUCGGGUGCGACACGCCAUCGAGAAGGUCGAGUGGCACUUCCCGGUGCCCGGCAGCUGGCACAACAUACUGGUCAAGCGUGUGCCGUUGUUUGGCUAUCGCAGCGUCAAGUCCGGUGACAAUGCUGUGGGACUGCGCUCCGAGAGAAGCACUCCACACGCUACCCUAGAAGCUUCGUUUGGCACAGCAAAGUACGAGCCGGAGAACAGCGCCAUCGUGUGGCGCAUGGACAAGUUUCCACCGCAAGCCGGUGCGCGCGUUGCACUGUCCUGCCACUUCCAAGUCCAGCCGGGCAUGACCAAGACUGACUUUGUCAAUCAGACCGCAAUGCUUCGCUACCAAGUGGUGGGAUCUUGCGUCAGUGGUGCUCAAGUGUGGGGGCUGAAAAUCACGCCAACACCCAGGAAGCCCAUCAAAAAGUGGGUGCGCUACGAAACUGAUUUCCGCUACCAGGUGGAUCUGCGACCUCCGCAGCAGAUGCUGGCUUCUCCGGAUGAUUAGGGGGCAGCAAUCCACUGCAUGCUUACUAUGGUGUUGAACACCUUUCCUUUGGUAGUCGGCGUGUACAAAUCUCAGAUCUCAAAUGUCUUGUAUGGAAGAAUCAUGUUUGGUCACUGAAUCCAUCAACGAAUCACUGGUCUGUUUCAUCGAUGAAGACUUCUUUCUUGUUGAGAGCAACAAACAAGGUGUUUUACGUCGAGAACGGUCUAGCUGUUGCUGCCGUACUACUAGUCUACAGAUAUCACCACUACGUAAUGCUGUUGAAUUCUGCACACGUGACGCGAUACUUCUUACACAGCAAUCAAACAGAAUGUACAUGUAUAUAUGUAACCGAUAUUUCGAUGUUGAACUCCUAUAUUUGUAGCUGUGGACUUGUCUACUGCUUGUUGCAUGUCCCCACUAACGUACCCCAGAGACCUAUUUCCCAUAAUUAUUGCGGGCUUGGCCGUGCCGCUUGAUACAGUAUGAAUCUAUAGAACAAUGUUAGUGAGUCCAUUACAUACUUUGUGACUUCAGAAUGAUUAUAGUAGGUAUGCAAGGAGCUUUAUACUGAUUUUUUUAAUUGAUUAGACCUUUCAA